AUGUGGGCGAGUGAUACAAACAGCGCAUGGAUCCUCGUACCGUUUGUUCGCUCUGUCGUUUGCACCAUCGCCACACAUGUCAACGCUGCGGUUCGUCUCCAUCGACUGGCAGUCUGCUUACUUCACAACUCGCUUUUACCUACACAACUAGCCCAGCUGUUCACGACCGAAGAGCGCGCAAAUCUCACGGAACAGGCAAAGCAACUUCGCAGAAUGAAAGGAUUAGGGAAAAGCGUCCUUGUUAUAGGGGCCAGCAGAGGUAUUGGACUGCAGUUCGUCCGCACUCUUGUCGAGCAGAAAUAUACAGUAUGGGGCACAGUCCGCCCGCAAAGCAACCGUGUCCCAGCUGCAGAGAUGCUACACAGUCUUGGUGCAAAAGUGUUGGUGCUUGAUUUCCUCGACGAGCAAAGCAUAAUCGCCGCGUCGAAAGCGAUCGAGGUAUCUGGGAAGCUCGAUGUGCUCAUAAACUGUGGAGGUGCAGACACGGCUCCGAGAUCCUGGGAGGAAGAGACACAAGACACAAUCUUGACGAAAUUCAAGAUCAUGGGACCUUUCCUCGCGACUAAGCAUUUCGCUCCUCUCCUCUCCCCAGGCUCUCCAGGGAAGAUUAUCAACAUCUCCUCAGACCCCGCUUCCAUCAAGGACACGGAUGGAGGUCGAAUGAGCUAUCGAAUGGCGAAAGCGUCACUCAACAUGCAAACAGCAAGCCGUGCAGCCGAUUUCAAGGCUAGCAACACCAACAUUGCUAUUGUCGCGGUGCAUCCUGGUCGUGUACCUACAGAUCUCUCCGGCGGGAAGGGAGAUGUCGAUCUUGUCGAGUCGGUACAGGGAAUGGUGAAGAUUAUGGAAGGAAUGGAUAUGGAAAGCUCUGGGCGAUUUCUGUAUUACAAUGGCGAAGAAAUGAGCUGGUAG